ACUGACUCAAACCCCCGCCCCCCUCCCCACUCCUUCCUUCCUCUCAGAUUCCAUGAUAGUCAUCACUGGGCUCUCACAGCAAUGCUUUGACCACAUAUCGACUUCCUUCUACACUUCCAAAGAAGUUAAGCAACACAAGGUGGUUUUUGGGUCUUUUGCUCGAUGAAUUUAGCCUCUCACCUCAUUUUGCUGGCCCAUAAAUAACAGAAAUAAUCAAAGUACACCGUCAUAACUUGGUGUUCUAAAGUUGCAGUGGUAACUCACUGAUGCAUUUUGGGUGUUUUUUGUGAAAGCAGCUGUUUUUAAAACACACUUUUCUUCCUCGCUCUCUCCUCACACUCAGUGGAGUGUGGAAGUCACACCUCACUAACAGGAAACAUCUGUGGGUAAGGCACAGUUGCUGUCUUUAGAGCAUAAAAAGAGCCCCUGUAAAGCCAUGCAAACUUGUAUGCUCCUAAUACAUAUUCUACAAUCAAGAUGAGCACUAUAAUGAAGUAAUAACUAAUUUGCCCCAAAGGGUAAUGACAUAAGACAUGCGUAGUAAGUUGAAUUGUAUUACAAGUAAGCACAGUAAAAUUUUUAUUGCUUUGUUUCAAAUGUGAAAAUAAAUGUUCUAAAAGAAUAUACAUGCUGUAGGCCUUUGUAAUAGGCUAUGCAAAAGAGUCGUCACCUCCUAGUACAAAUACCACAGCCAUGUACAGAGCUAAGAUGAUCGUGUGCAGACUUGCUUUGUAAAUAUUAUGAAUGCGAUGAGCUGGAGCAGAAAGGGAUGGGCUGGGGUGGGGUCUGGGACCCAGCAGUGAGAGAAACUACAUGCUGCAUUGCAUUUUUUGAGGAGAUUUUUCAGGGUCCCCUCGGCAUCUGGAGCUGCUUAGGACGGAGUAGGGGGUGGGGGAUCCACUGCUCACAAAUGCUCUUGACUGCUUUACAUACUUACAUUCUUUUGGCGAGUUUGGCACAUCUGGAGCUGAGGUUUAUUGUUCUUGAGGAAAGAGAGAAAGACUGGAGAGAAAGCGAGUUAGGUUUUCUUGGCAAGUUCUGAAGUUUUAAGUGUAUUUGUCCAUGUUUGAGAGUCUGACUUUGUCUAUGUGUAUGUUAGAGUUUGGCUGACCACCCUGGACAGCCCCUUCCUGACAACACCGCUGUUCGCAGACAGACAGGAAGUCGAGGUAGAGAGAAGGACAAGCAAGAAAGAGACAACUCUGUUGUUUCUGGACAUUUUCAUAUCCUCACCGCUGUUUGGGUAGAAAAGAGAAAUAUCAGUUUCAUUAAAAGGGAAAACAGAAGGAGCAGAAGGAAGGAGAUGGAUGAUUGUACAUGCAAUGGACAGGCUUUGUACGUGAGGGAUUAAGUGAGACACGAAAAAGCAGGGGCUGAGAGAAAAAGUUUGGUGUGUGAAAGGCAAACAAUGAAGAAAACAGCUGUUGUAACCCAAGACUGUGGAACAUCUAGUGGGGUGAUUUGUAGGCUGCUCUAAAUCUGCAAAGUACUUUUCUCCUUAUCCAUCAUUAUGCAUCAUGCUCUCCUCAGCUCCUGCCACAGCACCUCCUGUCCUCCAAAAACCCACCUCCCCCAGCUCCCCUUCUCCUUUGCUAUCCAAAUGCUCUCCCACACCAACCUCUACAUCACCGCCACCACUGAUUGACAUUUCGGUUGACAACUCCGCCUUCAAGUCCACCUCCCCUCCACUACCUCUCUCACCUCCUUUCUCCAACUGGAAAACCAUCUCUCCAUCUCCAACUUCUUCCUCACCUCUGAAUCACAAAAUCUCUAGCCCUUCUGCCCAGAAACCUAUGUCUCCACAAGUGCCCAAGCCCAUCUGCCCACCUCUCCCUGCACAACAGCCAUCGGCCAUCCCCAAAGUCUCCUCCGCAGCCAUGCCCAGACCCCCUCCACGUCCAAGUUCCAAGCCUUCCUCCCCACCUCUAGCCAGACCUCCACCGCCACUCGUCUUAAAAUCCCCUGUCACACCAGCGCCAACUCCAGCUGAGCAGCCCCAGAAACCAACCCCUCCUAGUAUAAGCAUCCUGGACAAGCUGAUCAAGACUUGUCCAGUGUGGCUGCAGCUGGGAAUGACGCAAGAAAGAGCUUUUCGUAUACUCAACAAGGAGUCACCCGGGAUUUUUUUAGUGAGGAGGAACACCGGCCAGAAGUUGAUGAUUGUGUCAGUGCGUCUCCAGGACCAGCAGGGGGAGCCCCGGGUCCAAGAGUUUCAUGUAAAAGAAGAAAAAGCCUUGCUUUAUCUUGAGGGUUCUGUCCUGGUCUUUGACAACAUCUUCAAACUCAUUGCAUUCUAUUGCGUUAGCCGGGACAUCCUCCCCUUCCCGCUUAAGUUACCUCAAGCCAUUGUCCGAGCAAGUAAAUAUGAAGACAUGGAGGUGAUUUCCACCCUUGGCUUAGAGUUCUGGAGCUCAACCCUGAACAGUCACAUUCAGGACAAUUUAAGUAAAUCUGCAGCCAGCGGUGGCACUCAGAAUGCAGCGGACCACAGCAGUUCCUGCGAGAUCCAGCUUUCUGCUGGCAGCGAUCGUCUGUGGUAUGUCAACCCCAUCUUCAUUGAGGAAUAUUGCAGCAGUUUGCCAUCCAGCCCUCCAGCACCCAUCCUCAGAACCCAGAGCCUCAACACGCCCAUUCAGGCUCCGCUGAAGUACAAGAGGCCCCCACCCUUGCCUCCUCGUCCCAUUAGCAUAUCGGAAGUUGCAUUGGCUCAGGCUACAACUAAGCCGACCAGAGAGGAUCUUGCGUCAGAUGAGUGUUCUCUGAUCUCGCUGAGCUCUCCUCCUCCUGUGGUUCAGAAAGAGGAAGGAAGCCAGCAUGUAUGUCCAGAGAGAGAGGGAACAGCCCCCAGCGUUGAAGCGGAGGCAGCCAAGCCAGACGUGGCCCAACCUCCAAGCCAAGCGACAAAGCAGGCUAGUCGUGUGCCUUCGCACAGGAUUCCCCCGUUACCACUCCGACGCAGGUUGUCAGAGAACCAGCCAUCAGGAGACGAAAUCCAGCAAGAACCGACUAACAGUACAAGUACCAGCAACUCUGUACCAACAGAGAUGGAGGGGGAAGUUCCUGGAGCUCGCGUGGCAUCUCUCAUCUGCCUGGACGACGACAGCGUGGCACAGUGUGAGAAGCCAGUGGAUGCCCCCGAGCCACAGUCACAGCAGGAUGAAGGCCUUGUGGAUCACUCCAAGAUAUCGAAUGGAUCAUCUGCUGUGACUAGACUGUCAGCAGCUGAGGUGGGGAGGCCUGGUCCUCCAGUACCACCUCCUAGGAGAAAAAGACACUCUCAGGCUGGGACCUCAGCUUUGCAAGAUGUCAAUGAUGCCAAUGGGGGAACCGCCAAAGAACCCACCUCCUUCACUCCACAAACCUCAAGCACUCCUACUUCCAUGCACCGCUUUGUCACUGCAGGUCACCCCAAAGUUCCUGAUGUCUCGCUGUUCUCUCCGGAAGGAGGUGCUCCCCAGCCAGACCACGACUCCUACUCCACCAGCAGCACAGAAGAGGAGAUGGACACUACAGCAACGGGCUCUAUAGUGAAGAGAACACCCACCAUCAUGCUGGACCGCGCCAAACAGCGUCUGUCCAUGGUGAACUUCUCUACUGUCUUUACAAAUUUCAUGAGUGCUGACCGCAAGCUGCAAAAACGAAUUGUGGAGCUGGCUCGGGAUGGGAGCACCUACUUUGGGAACCUGGUGCAGGAUUAUAGGGCCUAUACGCUGGACACCAUGCGAAGGCACUCCUCAAGUACUGAGAUGCUCCAAGAAAUCAGACAAAUGAUCACCCAGCUUAAAAGCUACCUGAUCCAGAGCACAGAGCUGCAGAAUCUGCAGGAGUCAGCUGUUUACACUGAGGAGAAGCUGGAGGUCAUCAUUGAGGCAGCACUGUGCAAGAGUGUUCUGAAGCCUUUGAGGGAGGCCAUAUAUAAUGGGCUAAAAGACAUCCACUCCCGUGCAGGCACUCUUAAAAGGCUAAAAGAGAACCAGCAGAUAGUCUUGGGCACCACAACCACAGAUUUGGGAGUAACCACUGGUGUUCCUGAUACACCUGUCAUGGAAAAGAUCCAGGUGAAGCUGGGGAACUUGCAUCAGGAAUAUUCACCUCAGAAGAAGAUAGACCUGCUCCUCAAAACCUGCAAGAUCAUCUAUGAGUCCAUGUCUGUAGGCUGCCCAGGGAAAGCCCAUGGUGCAGAUGACUUCCUGCCUGUGCUGAUGUACGUACUGGCUCGCUGCAACAUGACUGCACUAUUGCUGGAUGUGGAGUACAUGAUGGAACUGAUGGACCCUGCACUACAGCUAGGAGAGGGCUCAUACUAUCUCACCACGACAUAUGGAGCUCUGGAGCACAUUAAAAACUAUGACAAGCAAGCCAUGACCAGGCAGCUGAGUCUGGAAAUCCAAGACUCCAUUCAUCGGUGGGAGCGUCGCCGCACUCUCAACAAAGCUCGUGCCUCACGCUCCUCUGUACAGGAUUUCAUCAACGUCUCUUUCCUGGAGGCUGGUUCCAACACUAAGACUCUGGGUGUUCGCCCAAACACCACUGCUCGAGACCUAGCGGCGCAGUGUGCUGAGAAGUUUGAAGUGCUGGAGCCAGACUCCUACUGUCUGAGCGUGUUAGUGGAUGGCCACUACCAGCCCCUGACCCCUGAGGAGUUCCCACUUGCUGUCAAGUCCAGCUUACACCAUAGUGAGCCACGCAAGGAAUAUUACUUCGUGUACCGCCAUGGACGCUGGCCAGGACAGGAGCCUGAUGGCCAGACAGCAUCUACCCUUGAGCCGCUACCUGCCCAAGAGGACAGUUUGAUUUGAGAAACUUAUGAGAGUAAGUAGCAGGAUACAGUAGUUUACACAAAGGACUACUUGCUGCUGGAAGAGAACAUAACAGCUUAACAGAAUAUUACGUCAUUAAUUAAUAUAGUAGUGUCAUUCUGGCACUGCCCUGGCCUACUGCUAUUUGAUCUAUUAGAAGCUAUGACAAAGAUGUAAGAAUGUUUUGAAACAGUCAUUCUUUGCUUUGAAAGAAGCUUAGAAUGUCAGUGAGGACAAAGGAGCGCUGAGUACCUUUACUCAUUACUCUGUAUUUGAAGGCUACACAUCAAAUAAACUCCAUACAGAAAACCCUGCUUUGAAAAAAGAUUACUUCUAUGGACACCCACUUCCAAGUUACUCCAAGACUGCCAUUUGAUGUAUUAGGAGCUACAACAAGGAUGUAAGAAUGUUUUGAAAUAGUCAUUCUUUGCUUUGAAAGAAGCUAAGAAUGUCAAUGAGGACAAAGGAGCACUGGAGUGCCUCUACUCAUUACUCUGUAUUUAUCUUUAAUGGCUACACGUCAAAUCUUUUUUUGACUUCCUCUUCAUGGAAAGAGGCUUCUUCUAUGGACAGCCACUUCCAGUCGUCAGCUGCUCCUCCACACAACACAGCAGCAUUCUAAAAUGAUUUGUCUAGUAAAGCAGGAAAGUAAAGCAGAUUCCAACAGACUGAACCUGACAGAGACCACAUCGUCAUUCUGGUGCUGAUUUGUAAUGAAUGUUUUAUAUUGAAUUGGCAAAAGAUAACACUCUUUUUAAGACAUGCUUUAAGCACAGUCCUGAGCCCGUAUUCAUAAAACUUCUCAAAGCAGGGGUGCUGAUUUAAGAUCAGAUUCUUCUCUUAAUCUCUAUGAUCUUACCAACAAGAACAGCUAGGUCAGCACUCCUACUCUGAGAAGCUUCAUUAAGAUCGCUUCUGUCGCAACAAAAUUUUGUAUCUCCAAAAUGGUAAUUUACAGGAGAAGGAAAAAUGUCCUUAACUGUGAAUGAAAGUGAAUGGAAGAAGAUUUAUUUCCAUGUUAAUUUUCAUUUUUAUUGUUUCAAUCGUCAUGAAAUGUUAAACAUUUUAAAGGGCAGCUGGCAUUUUCAUACUGUGUAAAAAUAUUAAAAACAACAAAGAUAGAGAUACAAGGUUUUGUUCUGACAGUGACAGUAUGGGACGCUAAAUAAAUAGUUGACAAUGGUAUCACUGAAAAUCCCCAUAAGCCCAAGCCUGCUCUAUGCUGGGAGAGUUCAUGUGCCUACUUUGUCUUUAUUUAGCAUAUUCUGUAUUUACAUGACAAAUUUAAAUCAAAUGUUUGCUACUUUGUUUUUCCUACUGUUUUUAUGAUAUUUUAUCUUAAUCGCAAGAUUUUAGAUUGUAUUCCAAGUUAUGAAUACAUUAAUACUCUUUGUAUGUACGACACAAGUGUGAUGAUGGAGCGUAUUUUCCAAUGUACACAUUUUAAAUGUAACCAAAACAAUUUGCUAUAGCUUUUUAGCAGUAUACAAUUCAAGUAUUUCUUCUUUGUGUGCUGUUAAUAAUCCAUGUGUUCUUUAUGUGUUGUCAAUAAUAUUUGCUAAAAAGAAACAAGAAAUGGUAAUAUGGUCAAAUCUGUUUACACUUCCCUUUUUGCACUUCCAGAUAGAGGUUCAUACUCAAUGGUUUCUUGAUGAAGUUGCAUGGUUAUGCAGGCACUCAUUUAAAAAUGAAAAAAUCAUUUUAACACUUUUUUUUAGCACUUUUUUUUAUUCAAACAGUGGGCUGAAGUCUGAAGCCUGUGGUAAACACUGUGGCAGUGUUGCACUAAAGUGUCUUCCCUCUAUAACAACUCAAAGGACUACAUGGUCAACAAGAAAUAAUAUUAGAUGUAAUGGAGACCAGAUUGUAUGCUUUCUUUUCCUUUUCUUUUGGGAUUAAUUGUUUUGCACAGUGCCAAAAGUCCAUUAAUAAUGUUCCAAUAUUAAUCCAUUAAGCAUUAACUCACUUAUGCCUCCGCAAAUCAUGUGAGAAAUUCGAAGUAUGUUGCAUGAUUGUGACUUGGAGACUACAUGUUUAAUUAACAUCUGCAUUAUUUCAUACUCAAUAUGCGUCCUGCUGUACAAGAAAAUGUAGGUUGCACAGUAUGCGACAUGCUGUACUUGGGCUGAGACAAUACACAAUUUU